ACUCCGAACAACGAUGAUACGCUAAGCGACAUUGCCAUGUUUACGAUUAUUCUUUUCGUUAUUCAUCUAUUCUGUACGAUCCAUGCUGCUAACAAAGAAGUGACCAGGAUAGAUGAGAUGCUCACCAAAGAUAGGGAGUUCUACGACCUUUGGCAGCAUCUAAUUACAGUACAAGCUGAUCAAUAUGCCGAACAAUCAAUCGACUUUCCUCUUUCCUAUGCUUCAUUAAAUUCCUGCACGCGUGUACCACCAUCUGAUGGCGAAGAGGUUGCGGAUAGUCUUCGACCGUCUUCCGUAGAUAUUUAUGCAGAUUUGGGACAUUUGUCAACAUUUUGUAAAUCGAACCUUUCGAUGCUGCAAGCAGGUUGGAGAGCUGGUCCUACUACUUCGACUUUAUCCAUCUGA